GGGAUACAAAUAUCGUACCGAUCUGGCUGCACUGAUUCAAAGUUCGCUCAAAUGUGUAUGAGAGCUUCGGUACGAAAGUUCCAAUCUGAACGCAUAAUCCUGAAGAGCUCUUAAUCUACAUUCUUUGUCUGUUACUAAUUCUACACAAGGAGAUAAGGGUUUAGGAUAACUGAAGCUAUUGUCAUCCUCUUGGUUUUUUAUACCUCAUCCAACACAUAGUUCAGAGAUCGAGGCACUUUUUAAAAAUUGGUGUCUAUUUUUUAUACCAAAUAAAAAUGGUUCGUAAUCGUAGAUCAUUAAGGACACGGCGAAGAGUACCACGUCCUAAUCGAAUCCAAUCAUUGCCAGACCGUAUUUUUGAUGGUUAUCGAUUCCGCUUUGAAAAAACUAUGAAAAAUGGUGAUCGGCGUUUUCAUUGUUCUGGUAAAGAGGCUUAUGCUUGCAGAGCUGAAGGUACAUUAUCUACCUCUGAUGAAUUUUCGUACGUAAGAAGAAGAGAUCAACACUCACAUGAACGUGAUCCUAAUGCUGAGAUCAAAGCACGAUUUGAAAAAGAUUUACAUUCAGCGACUCAACGACAGUUUAGAAAGCUACGUUUGAUAUAUAAUGACGUGUCACUUCUACAUCAAGAAGCUGCUGCACUCGUAACUUUUGAGGAAGUUAAACGAAGAAUGCAAUAUUGGCAGAAAAAACCAAACCUUGCACAUAUAAUUUCUUUAGGUUCCUUAAGCUAUCAUUUACAUAAAUCAGAAUAUCAAAAUAUAAUUCUUCAUGAUCUUGGAAAAACUGACUUCAAAUUUAUGAUGAAUAAUAACAAUCAACGCUACGCUGUUCUAUUCGGAGAUAUGGAAUUAAUUAACAGAAUUGACAAUCAGUCGCUUUUUAUUCAAUCAACAACGAAAGUCCUUCCUCAAGAUAUUAUUAAUUCUCUCCAAGUGGUGUCCAUUUUCACUACCUACGCAGACCACACUUUUCCACUCUUAUGGAUAAUUAUGCUUGAAAAGAAUGAAGAUACGUGUAAGAAAAUAUUUGAUGAGGGAUUACGAUUUUUUAAACAAACUUUGGCACCCAUUAAAGUUUAUACCGAUUUUGAUAACGAUAUCACCAAAGCUAUAAACGGUGCAUUUCCCGAAGCUGAAGUUCAGGGAACAUUUUUAUCUCACUUCACCAUCAUGAUAAAUGCAGCCAACAGUUUUAAUAUAAACCUUGCUGAUCCGACUAAUCAGUUAAUUUUUGGAAAAAUUGUAGCAAUUAGCUUGUUACCUGCGGAUAAGAUUGUCGAAGCGUUUCGAUGGGUUGUUUCCUCAAUGGACGACGUCUACUAUGUCCAAUUCAAGAGCUUACUUGAUUAUUAUAGUCAACAUUGGUUGUCUGGUGUGAAGCCACAGAAUUAUAGUUUCUAUAAUAAGGCAGAUUGUUUAUUGAAGAACUCAGACCUUAUUAUAAAAAAUAUGGCUUAUCAUCUACGUCAGAAUCCCAAUAUAUGGAAUUUUAUCAGUCAGUACUUUGAAAGAUUUUUGUGCUCCUUUCUUUCUUUCUCUCUCUUCCUUUUUCUUUCUCAACUUUGUUUGUUGUGUCUGGGUACAAUGCUUUUCAUCAUCUUCUCUGCAAUAUUCUUGUACACAAAAUUUCAAGAGCAAGCAUCGUUUAUGAACUAUCAAAGUCACUAUCAUUUAAAUAAUUUAAACUCGAAAGGCAAAAUAAAUUGGAGCACCAAUAGAAUAAAAAAUAUCUUUAACAGCAGAAAAAAAUAUCUUUUGAUUUUAAAUAGCUGGAGUGAAAUAAGAGCUGAACUAAUUGAUUUACAAACUUUUAUCAAAAGAAUGGGAACAGUGCUUAAAAAAGUCUUGAGAGAUUUACAAUAUUCUGGGCUUGAAACUCUACCCAAUUUUCAACUAUUGAAUUUAUCAACUGAACAUCAAAUUAUGCAAGUUGGAGAUAUCUCCCGAACUCCUGAUAACACUCUGCUGGAGGAAGCAUCACUAGAAGAACUGCGGUUCUCCAAUCAAAGAAACGAGCCUGACAAUAUUGAAGAUGAUGAUGAAGAUGAAUUUCCACCUGGAUUACAAGAUGAAGUGACAAAUGAAGAAGAAUUAGAAGAAGAUUCGCUGGUACAAGAAAUUUCUUCUGAAGAAAAUGAAAAUGAAGAAGUGAUAGCUGCAGAAAUAAUAGAAGAACUAGAGUUAGAAGAAACACUUGCUGAAGAUAAUUCUAAUCAAGAAGUGAUGGCUGUAGAAAUAAUAGAAGAACCAGAGUUGGAAGAAAUACUUGCUGAAGAUAACUCAAAUCAAGAAGUGAUGGCUGCAGAAAUGAUAGAAGAACUAGAGUUAGAAGAAACACUUGCUGAAGAUAAUUCAAAUCAAGAAGUGAUGGCAGUAGAAAUAAUAGAAGAACCAGAGUUGGAAGAAAUACUUGCUGAAGAUAAUUCAAAUCAAGAAGUGAUGGCUGCAGAAAUAAUAGAAGAACCAGAGUUAGAAGAAACACUUGCUGAAGAUAAUUCAAAUCAAGGAGAGAUAGCGGCAGAAACAGUAGGUGAUCAACAUAAUGGAAAUUCGGAACGAUGCUUGAGGGGAGUUAUAAUUUCAAAUGGGUGUAGAUUCUGUUUGGUAAAUAGCCCGAACAUCCGUUACAGGCCUUGCAAUCACGUCAUUGCUUGUGAUGAAUGUCAAAAGACAUAUGUUCGUAAAUGCGUCGAAGCAAAUAAGCUUUGCACAUGCAUAUUGUGCAGUUCAAAUAUAGAAUUAGCUGAACAUUUUGAUUGUCAAAACUUAAUUAUGUAAUUGUUAAUUUAUUGAUCAUAAAAAAUCUUUUCCUUCAAUUAUUCGUUCUAUUGAAACAAUUUAUUGUUUACUAUUUAAUUUAUUUAGUGGUUUAUAUCUACUGUAAUGUUUCGUAAUUAACCAUUUCAUUAAGAUUAAUUUAUUUAGUUCUUGUCAAAAAUGAAGUUGUAAUAUUAAAAAAAUUGCAUUGUCAUUGUCUUCAUUAAUAAUACCAAACAGUUAUUAAUUUAAAAA